GAUCGCCCCCUAACGCGGACAUGAUGAAUAACACAUUACUUUAUAGUUUCACUUUUCCUGCAUGGCUUGUAAAGUGUGACGGCCGUUGAAAGACAGCGAGAAACCGCCGUGAAACGUUUGUAAGAUGGCAGAGCCGGGCAUGACUGUUAGGGUGAGUUGUCUGCCCGUAGACAUUGAGGAUAAGAGGCUGAAAGACAAGCUACUCAUCCACUUUCUGAGAGCCAGGAAUGGAGGAGGGGAAAUAAACUCUGUCACUAUUGUCAAGACAACGCCCAUCUCUGCCCUCAUCACCUUUGAGGACAGUGGAGUGGCACAGAGAGUUAUUCAACAAAGCCCACAUCUUCUGGACGUGGAUGGGAAGAAGUACAAAGUUGUUGUUACUGAGAACAGUGAAAGCCUGGACCCAGACAAGGUCAUCUUACGUUUAUCAGCAAUUGUUGAUUACAGCCAGCUUCCUGGGGGAUUUUUGGCACUGUCAAGCCUUCACAAGAGCCACCCAGAUAUCAAGAUAAGCUCUGAUGCUACUAAGGAAUUAUGCACAUUGCAUGGCACCUAUUCCAAAGUCCAGGCUGCUUUGGCACAUCUGUUUGGUCAUCCUGGAGGCCCACAAUCAGCAGAAAACAAACACUCAGAUCAACCUGCUACCAGUGGCUCCAGGUCUGUUCCGAUAGCACAUAAGCUUCAAACUCAGGAGUCAGCAGAUCUGAGCAGUAAAUUGUUUAAGCAGAGAGAAAAACGAGAAAAAGUUGACAUUGGCAGGCCUUCUGAUGAUAAUAACAACUCUAGCUCACGUAAACCCCUGACACCCGGGGUUUCUGGCCUGGAAAAUAAAGACAAGACAGAAGGUGCAGUUGUGCAGCUUCCUGGGUAUCCUACUGCAUCAGGGGAGGACUUCUCACUAAUUUUGGAUGCAGACAUGUUCGAGUAUCUGAAGAAACACUGCAGGAAGGAAUACCAACAUAUCCUUAGUCGGUAUAGUGUUGAUGUAGUUGAUAUGACAAAUCAUGGGUUGACUACUCUGUUUCUGAAGGUUGCAACUGGAGUGGGGGAGGGUGAUAAAGAUCAGAAACGCCUGAAAUUGGCAAUACAGGCAAUAAGUAGGCUUUAUCAGGAGAACGAGACAAAGAUCCGUCGAGGCCAGCUCUCCAAGAAUAUCCUGCCUCCCAGCGGUGGACUACAAAAGGCCAUGGAGAAUUUAAGUGUCAGAUUUCCUAAGCUUCUUCUGAAGGAAGAUGACCAAAAUAUUUACAUUAUUGGGAGUUGUAGUGAUGUUGCUGAGGCCAAGCAGUUUCUUCUCCUUGACCCCAUCGAAGCGAUGGGUAAAAAAGAGAAUGUAGCCAGUCUUCUUAAAUAUCCUUCAUAUUCAGGUUCAUCAACUCAUGCAGAUGAGCUUAAAGUUCCUGUGAUGUUGUCCUCGACUGUGGAGUCUUUGGAUGACAGACUAGAGCUGCUGAGGUCAGAGGAGGAUGAGAGGAGAGCUGAAGGAGCCAGAAAGUAUAAACUAGCUGCUCGUUUUAAGGACUCCGGGCUUGCUUCAUUAGGCAGCCGACAAACUGACUUCAACUUACGAGGGCUCUCAUCUCCCAGUAGACAACCACGCCUUGGGCCAAUGUUAGGGCAAGAUGUGCUGUCACAAACAGCAGGGAUUUCUGGUGAGACUGUCUCCAGAGCAUCAGCCCAAACCACUGGAGAGGACAUCUUGUUUAAAAGUGAAGAUGCUUUGACUUCACCUGCUUCUAUGCAGAAUAAAGCCUCCUUAAACUUGCAUUCCGUUGAUACCCCUCCCAAGUAUUUAACACCCCUCCUUGGCACGACCAGUUUGUCUGAAGGCUGUCCUCUUCCACCUGCUGGGUCUGGUUCCACCUUGAAGCGAGCCAGUAGUUUCUCAGGAACGCCGCAACUGAAGGCACAAGUUAUUGGUCAUAAAAGAGAGAGUCAAGACGACUCUACAGUACGAGCAAGGGGCAGGUCCUCAAGCUUCAGUAACAAAACAGGGAGGGACAAGCUUGAAGUCUACAAGGAGAUUACAGUUUCCAAUGUGAUGUGGAAGUAUAUAAAAGAGGCUUACAAGACCCGAGUAGAAGACCUGACUUCUGAUGUCCUGAUGAAAGAGAUAUGCUCAGGGGGCAGUAGUUAUCUGACUGUCACCUUGAGAGGGGCAAACUCGUCCAAAGUGAAUUCAUGUCUGCUUGGUUUACAGAUGCUGGUUGAUUCAGUUAAUGUAGACUUUUCUGUGCAGCAGCUGCGCUUGUCAGAGCUGGGUAUCACUGACACAGCAGAUGAAACCUUGCAGGCUUGUUGUGCUGAGGUGCGGAGCCGCUUCAAGAAGGUUACUUUGCAGAUUUUAAAAGAGAGCUUAUUUCUUCUCGGCCCAAAAGUGUUGUGUUCUCAGGUAGGUGCGUCUUUGCUUGAGGUAUUUACUGGAGAUUCGGCCCAGAUAUCUAAACAACAUGACCACUUUGACUCCUCUACCCCUGAUUAUAAUCCAUCCACUUUUUUACAAAUGAACAAAGACCAAAGUAUGAGCCUGCACUGUGACAGUUAUCCUCAGGUGAUGCUAAAGAACCAAACAGGCAAAGCAAAUGGGACUGACAGUCAGGAAAGAAUAACAAACCAGAGAAGUUACUUUUGUGAGACAGAUCUUGUGAAUGGAGCUAUUAGUCAGCCGUCAUUGAGGAAAGACCCUGUCAUUAAAGAGAAAGUGAAAAUUGUACGUACAUUGGACAUUGAUGGACAGCAGACUGAGACAUUUGUCAACCACUCUAAAGCAGCAAAUGAUAAAAGUUUUAGUCAUGUGAAUGAUGUUGAGUCAACAACAACCCCUGCUGAUGAAGACCUCGAUAAGCAGGAGAGAACUGUUCAUUCGAAACAGAAGGACAGUAUUCAGCAAAGACAAAGCAAGAUCCCGGACCCAGAGGAAUCCAGAUCAAAUCCAGAAGGGUGCAUCUGUGUGUGUGGUGAGAGUGAGAUGCUGUUGAAAGCUAAGUGUGGUGCUGCCAUGUGCUCAAAGUGCCUGGACAUUGUACAUGCCCACUGCAGAAUUUGUCAUGAGCAGACAUCGCAGGGCAUCCAGGGUAACAUUAGCUACUCUAAAAUAUACAUCAGCCUGCCAGGUCACACAAAAGACUCUGCCAUCAAGAUUGCUUACACCAUUCCUGAUGGUAUCCAAGGGGAGACUCACCCUUCUCCUGGAGAACCAUUUCAAGGGGGUAACUUUGAAGCCUACCUUCCUGACAGCGAGAAGGCGAGGAAGCUGGUGCCCAGGCUGAAAAAAGCUUUUAACCAAGGACUCACCUUCACAGUGACAGCUAAAGACACAGGGGCCAGGGUCGAUUGGGACUGCAUCCCACACAAGACCAGCAUACAUGGAGGCAAAUCAGGGAACGGUUACCCAGAUUCCACAUAUUUGACUCGCUUGUCUGAGGUCUUGGAAUUAAACGGGAUUGAGGAGCAACCAGCCAAGUCUUAGGAACAGCAAUCUUCAUAAACUAUUUUAUAAUUCAAAAAAGGUUUGAUCACAGCCAUUUGCACUGUUUUUGUGUGGUGAGUAGUUCCACUCAUUUACUUUUUUGAACAAGUUCAUGAUGUUUGAUUAUGUACAUAUAUUGAAAUAUUUUUAAGCUAAUAGAGCUAUAGCUCUCACUAUAAAAGUGUUCAAAAGAAAUCUUCUUUUGAACACUUUUAUUACGAUCGUUUUUUUAUAUAGAUGAUUAAAGUUAUCAUUUAUCAAACUGACUGUAACAACAAAUGGGACCAAUAAACUCCAUAUCUCAAUUUUGUUUAGUAUAAAAAAUUGCAUACUGUUCUGUGUAGUGUGCUAGUAUUUUAUACAUGUAGAUAUACAUUUUAUACUGCCAUUUUAAGGAUCAUUUAAUUAAGAAAAAAACAAGAUAUUCAUGGACAAUUGGAGUAAAGACACAAAUGUAUGACUUAAAAAUCUCUGUGUCUCUUCAACUUGUUUACAAUGGGCACAGAAAUAAAAAAUCACAUCUGAA